AUGGGCAAGGGACAACGCGUUCGCAAGGCUGCAGCUGAUGCCGUACUGGCGUCUGCCAUGGCGCAAAGCAAACCGUCUGUGCUAAAGCAAGAGACGCUCGAGUUUGUAACGCCUAAGGCCUCUACCCCUAAUGUGACUGUGCCACCUGCAAGCACAAAGCCGUCACCCCCUCCUUCUGAGACGUCAGCGUCUUCGUCUGACGACUACGAUGAGUUUCGUGAACUGGCGUCUGACGAGCAGAUUGAAGCGUUUAAGGCUCUUGUAGACGUGGACGCUGUCAAGACGCAGCUCGAUGCUAUUUUGUCCCGUCUUGUUGCCGCCUUUAGCUCCAAAAAUGAACGCAACGCUGCUGCCAUUGACAUUGUGGCGGCUCUAGAGAUCGUUGGUCUGGCUAGUACUGCAGCUAUUCAUGUGCUUGAUGAGCUCAAGAAGUUCCUCAUUGCCAAGCCGACUACUGCACGUGAAGGAGCUCUGCUGGCCUUUAUUGCUCUGUGUAAGAGCGAAGAACUCUCAUCUGUGAUGGAGCCUGUGGUUGUUGAGCAGCUGACGACUCUGAUGCAACGCCACGCAGAUUCGGAACAUGUCGUGAAGAACGCUGCAGCGACGCUGUCGAAGACAAUUGCACAAAAGGUGAAUCCUUUGGCUAUCCACUCGGUCCUGAAGCAGAUAUACAAGGCACUGGAGCUACGCCAAUGGCAGAGCAAGGUUGCUGCACUGAACCUUCUCAAGGUGCUCAGUGAGACUGCAAGUGAGGAGGUAUCUGGCUGGCUGCCAGAGAUUAUUCCGAUCGUUUCUGAGUACGUCUGGGACACAAAGAAGCAGGUUCAGACUGCGUCGAUCGACUCGUUGAUUGCCGUGUGUUCCAAGAUCAGUAACGACGACGUUGUGCCGCUUGUGCCUACUCUUGUGGGUGUUAUUGCUCGCCCUGAAGAGACCAUGAAGGCUAUUGACAGCCUUCUGGCGACUACUUUUGUAUCGAACGUGGAUGCGCCGACGCUAUCGCUGAUUGCGCCGCUGUUGCACAAGGCUUUACGUGACACGAGCAUCAACAGCUCAUCGCUCAAGCGAAAGGCAGCUAAGAUUAUCGACAGCAUGUGUCGCCUAGUCGUCCGUCCGUCCGAUGUCAUGCAGUUUGUUCCACUGCUGCUUCCGCAGCUAGAUACUGCCAUCGAACGUUUGAUUGACGAGGAGGUUGUUGAAUCUGCUAAGGAAGCUCGUGCUCAUCUUGUGCACGCCGCGGGGGACGGCGAGGUCAUGGAGGAGGACCCCAUUGAAAUUCGCAGGAAGUUGGAAUCUGAAAUUUUGACUGCGUUCAGCGACACCCUUGACCGCCCAACGCACCCUGGCCUGACUGAUUUUACGCUGGAGUACGUUACUGAUGUGUGCACGGAGCUAGCUACCCACAACCGUGGAUCGGAGUGGCGCACCAUCGUGAUGGCCUACUUGAUGCCGCACAUGCACGACGCAGAUGCCGAGCAUCUUUGCGACGCCCUGCGCGCUGCUGGUGGCGGCCUGGGCGAGGAGCGUGAGAAGUCGACGGACCCUAACGAUGUGUGCGACCUUGACUUCUCGCUAGCAUACGGUGGCAAGAUUUUGCUUCGUAAUGCACGCCUCCGUCUGACUCGCGGCCACCGCUAUGGUCUAAUUGGUAAGAACGGUGUCGGCAAGACCACGUUGAUGCGUAACUUGGCGACGGGUGCCAUUGAAGGUCUGCCGGAUACUUUGCGCUCUGUGUACGUGCAGCAUGAGGACAUUGUGGAAAGCCAGGGAAGUUUGCUUGAGUCUAUGUGCAAGGCUCCGGAACUUUCUCAUCAGACUCCUGAUGCAGUCGAAAAGAUUUUGACUGACAUUGGCUUUACUCAGAAGAUGCUGGACGGCGAAAUUGACGCGCUUUCUGGAGGUUGGCGCAUGAAGCUUGCCUUGGCUCGUGCCAUGCUCUACAAUGCAGACGUGCUGCUGCUGGAUGAGCCAACGAAUCACUUGGAUGUGCACGCCGUGCAGUGGUUGGUGGACUACCUGAAUUCCCUCGACACGAUGACGGUGCUGCUAGUAUCUCACGACACUGGUUUCCUGGACAAGGUGUGUACUGACAUUUUCCACUACGAGUCUAAGAAGCUGGUGCUAUACUCGAUGACCUUGUCCGAAUUCGUGGACAUCCACCCAGAAGCGAAGCACUACUAUGAAUUGAAGUCGUCUGACAUGGUAUUUAACCUGCCGGAGCCUGGUCGUUUGGAGGGCAUCAACUCCAUGACGCGUCGAAUUUUGACCCUCGACAAUGCUACGUUUACGUACCCGGGUGGCGUCAAGCCUCAGCUUGAGAAUGUUUCUGUAAAGCUGUGUCUGGCGUCGCGUGUUGCUGUGAUUGGUGUCAACGGUGCUGGUAAGUCGACCUUGAUCAAGAUGCUUGUGCAAGAGACGUCUCCUGACACGGGCACUUUCUGGAAGCACCAUGCUGUUCGUGUGGCGUAUGUGGCCCAGCAUUCGUUCCAUCACGUUGAGAAGCAUCUUGAAAGCAGUCCGGUGCAGUACUUCCAGUGGCGUUUUGGUGGCGAGAAUGGUAUCGAUCGCGAGCUUGGUGACCACGUCAACCUAAAGCAGACGGAGGAGGAGAAGAAUCUUGUUGGCAAGAAGCAGGGUCAGGUGGAGAAGAUUGUGUCGCGUACUAAGGGCAAACGCGGUACGCUUGAGUACGAGUGUAAGCUCGUGGGCUUGAUGGAGCGUCACAACAAGCGCUAUACUUUGGAGCAGCUCCAAGAAAUGGGACUGGGUGCUCUUGCUGAAGCGGAAGACAUCCGUCAAGCAACGCUGGCUGGUGGUCUCGAUCUUCGUCCCCUUACGACAAAAGAGAUUCAGCGUCACCUGGACGACUUUGCCCUGCCAGCCGAGUUUGGUACCCACGGUAAGAUCCGUGGCCUGUCGGGCGGUCAAAAGGUGAAACUUGUGAUUGCCGCUGCUAUGUGGAAUCGUCCGCAUUUGUUGGUACUGGAUGAACCGACGAAUUAUUUGGACCGUGCCGCGCUGGGUGCAUUGGCGGACGGCAUUCGUCAGUACGCUGGCGGUGUCAUUAUGAUUUCUCACAGUGAAGAGUUCUACAACUCGUUGUGCACCGAAAAGUGGUUGGUGGAAGCUGGUCAUCUCACGAUUAUCGGUGAGGCCCAGGAGAAAGAGUAUCGUGCUGGUGGAGGCCGUAAGGUGAUUGAUGAGGAACCGGAAGAUGAAAAGAAGGCGGGUAGCAACCACAAUGCGGACAUGAAGCGUACCAAGCUCACGAACCCGAAAACAUUGCGUCCAUUGAGCAAGCAGCAGAUUCGUAAACUUAGCAAGUUGUGUAAGGUUGCGGGCGUGCCGUUUGACGAUUUUGUGGACGGUAUUACACGUGAGAGCCCGGAGUGGAAGUGGCUGUAA